AUGUCGGACCAGCUGCGUCGAGCAGACCUCCAGCAGAGGAACUCGCGGCCACGCAUGAGCUCCAUCUACGACGAAUUCGGCCGUCUCUCCCUCUCGUCCUCCACCUCGGUAGCUGCUGGCCUCCCUGCCUCGUCGCUUUCGCUCGCCUCCUCCGCUUCGCCGUCUCUCCAUGCUGCUCCUCGCUCUCGCCUCAAUUCCACCAUCGGCGUCUCAUCCACUGCUCCCUUUCCGAGCUCUUCGUCAAGCACACGCGCACGCACAAUGUCGUCUGCUUCUCGUCUGUCCGCGUCGUCUUCCUCGCAACUCGAGCCUUCCUCCGAGCCUCGCGUCCAUGCCACCCUCGGCUCGCGACAGCUACCAGCCACCAUUUCUCAAAGGCCGACGCAGUCCUCAAGCAUCGCAUCACGUCGAACCUCGUGGACGUCGCGCAAACUCUCACAAUCCGGCACCACACCAUCGCUGGCCGACCCCGACUUGAACACCUCCACCAACGCCAGCACGCCCACCUCCAGUGCAUCCCUCUCGAGACCCUCGACCGGGUCAAGGAUACCUUCGUUUGGGCGCACCGCAUCUACGCAGCCGCGACUCGGUGAUGCCCUCCUGGGCCAACGCAAAAACAGCGAUUCUUUGUCUCGACCUCUGACGCUCUCCUCAUCGGUGUCCAGCUCUUCCCUCACUUUUCCCGCCCGUUCCGACUCGCUCUCUCGCUCUUCGCGACUUGCCAGCAACGCAACAUCGGCAUCUAUGAGCUCUAGUCAAUCCAUCAGCAGUGUCUCCUCCGUCUCGCGCUCCACCAGUGGAUCCAUGGGUCCCCCGCAGCUCUCUGCUUCCCAGUCGUCUAACCUCAUCGGCCGCAGAGCCACCAACACGGCUCAAGGUGCACCUUGUUCAGACAGCCUUGGCGCAGCUCAACUGCCACGGAUCUCGCCAUCCCUUCCAGACUUUGGUCAGGGCUUCGGCGCUGCUCUCUUUGAAGACGACGCACUGUCCUACCGAUCCGACAACGCCACCACCCUGCACAGCAGCAGCAGCAUCGCAGAGCUUGACGAGCGUGAAGAGGAUGGCCACACGCCUCAAGCUACCUCGGCCCCCUUCCCCGCCUCAGCAUCGCGCAACGUCUAUUUUUCCAACGGCAAACAAAGCCAAAUGCAUCUUGGCCUACCAGAGUCGCCUAGCCUCUCCUCGCGCUUUUCCAACUUCUCCAGUGCGUUGGCCACACCAGAAGCCUCAGACGACCCUAGCAAAGUCCUCGGACGCUCAGCAGCCUCUUCAACUGCACGCUCCAUGCGCGGAGAAGGCAGCGGCGGCGGCAGUGGCGGUCUCGGUCUCGGUCUUCCCGAUCUUGCCUCUGAAUCACGCAACAGACAGGCAAGGUCAAGCCAUGUGCACGCUAACAACUCGGCGGGCAAUGUCGAGGUGCUUGAAGCACCAGAAAAAUUCGGCCUCCAGAGCCGCACACCCAGUGGUACGCCUCGCGUGUACGACCGAGCAGGGCAGAUUGGCAUCGGCGAGCUGGCGACGCCUCGUUGGAACUUUUCCUCUACCGCACUGCCCACUUGGAAGUCAAGUGCAGACCCUACAACCGCCUCGGCCUCCAAGAUGGCUCAACGCCGCAACGUCAGCGGUGCCCUGACCGACGACGGCACCGCACUAGAGCAGAUCAGCAUUUUGGUGCCUGAGCAGCACAAUUCUGUACUCCAGCAAGAGAUCGACUUACGCAAGCCGAACGGUCCCCCAUCACACUCGCGACGAGGUGAAGCUGUCCGUCAUUCGCGCUCCAUCUCGUAUUCCUCGCUCAACAACAUGCAACGCAAUGCGUUGCGCGACUCCAAACAGCUGCUCUCGGAUUUUCCCAUUAGCCCAUCCAUGCCAGGCCGCCCCAUGGCGCUCGAUGGUAACCAGUCGCUCCAUGCUCUGGCGCACGGUUAUCCUGACCGACAGUCCGAGUUUAUGGCCGAGCUGGACGGUGUCGCCGCCAGCAUUGGUGCCGCACCCGAGAGCCCCUCCUUUUCCAUCAGUGCACGCACAGAGUCUGAGAACAGCAUCGUCCAGCAAGAGUCAGCCGAUGUCUCGCUGGCGGCAUCUGGCAGCAACGCAUCUCGCUCCGAUGAUCGACGGUCCGCAGAAAACCGAUCUCCUGCCAUCGGCGACCUCUCUUGGGCGGCUGGCGAGACCGGUCCCUUCGGUUCGGGAGGAGCAGCAGGUCUUGGCAUCGAAGGAUCCAAGUCCAUGACCUUUGGUGACGUCAAUUUUGGCAAUGGCAGUGGCGACGACGAAUGGCGCCAAAGCUUCGACCUCAAUGCUGCCAUUACCGACUUGCUCCAUGAUCACGAUGAGCUCCAUCGACGCAGACAGUUGAGAGACAGAGCAGCUUCGGACGCUUCCGAGCUGGGUUCAAAUCCCUCCGCAACACGAACCCCUGCCCGCCUCAGGCCCGAUUCCAUUAGGCGAGGAGACGACUCUACUGCCUCUGCUCGUAAUCUUUCUGAACUCGCAUCAGAUGGCCAGCCCGCGCUUCCCACUUCGACGCGCCGAGAGCGUCUCGUUAGCACGGAUGCGCUUUCUCAGAACCACAACCAGUCGGCCACCUCGACCACAACUUCCGUAGCGCCAGCUACGCCUCGCAUGUCCCGGAACAGUGCCUCUUUCCGCAGCAAACGAGCCUCGUCGGCCAGUAUCGGCCAAUCGCUUCUGCGAGGCUCCGUCCCUUUCGGCCAUGCAGACGACUACGAGAGCCGCCUCAACUCUCGAGAGGACGCUGCUGCGGAUGCGCUUCGUAAGCUUGACGGCCUCGGCAGCACACCCAGGGUCAGCCGUGAUGGCAAAACCGACGCCAAGAGCCCGCGCACUAGCCGCGUCUCGUCACGACCCAACAGUGCCGGACGGAAGACGCCGGGCACCAGCAGUCGAGCGUCUUCGCCGAGCUCUAAAAGUCGACGAUCCAGCAACUACGACACUUCCUCGCGUUCCAUCGACAAGUCGAGGCCAUCAGAUGACUCGAGUGCCCGCAACAGCCUUCGAGCUUCGAAGCUUGUCGCGCGUGUGCGCACCGCCGACGACCUAUCUGCUUCUCCGGCCAACUCGUCGUCAGAUUCGAUUCGCACCUCGGUUUACGCGAGCCCACGUCUGCGCAGAUCGCAGUUACCGCCCCUUCCGCAGAAUGAGAUCACCCAGGGCUCGCGAAGGGCUUCGGCAGCGCCAGGCAUCACUGGCAGGGAUGUGUCUGCUUCCGCCAGCCCACUGAUUGGAACACCCGUCAUUGCUCGCAGCCACUCUCGUUCCAAACGCAUGAGCGGCAACAGCGACGUCUCGGGAAUUGCUUCCGAUGGUAGCCGCUUCGACUCAGCUGCCAGUUUCAAUGACGACGUUGAUGCAAGUCGACAUGCUGCCAUCCCGCCUGUGCCUCCCCUACCCAAGGUGUGGGAAGGCUCGCGGUCCACUUCGCUUACGUCGGAAGCAUUCCAGGCGGCGUCGGCCAAGAGUCCCAGCAUCACGGCCAGCCACAGCUUCAUGUCCUCCUUUAGCGGUGGCGACAACGGCGACAAGAUGCCGACGCCCAAAACGCCGCUCAGCCCACGCUUGCAGGAGCUCGCAGAAGUGGCUGCGCUGGCUGUACGCAAACCGAGUCUCGGCAAACUCAGCGACAAUCUUUCUCGAGGUUCUUCAACGAAUGACGUGUCGAUGCAGUGCGCUGGAGUGGAACCUGUGGAAGAGAUGAUCUCGUCCCCGGGCGUUCCUACGCCGGAAGACCGGUCCUUCGGCAGCGCAACGAAUGGAACGAGUACGGAUACGGAUGCAGUUUCGGUUGCUUCCUCCUCGCGACCAAAGUCGAGUGCUUUGCGCCGUGCCAGCGUAGCGUCCUUCGGCCGACUGAUACGCACGUCGCAAAGGGAUAAGGAGACAGACCAGUUGCCCACUGCUUCAAGCUCAAAUUCACUCGCUGCCCCGGGAGAGCCCAGCACCAGUCCCAAAUCUCGACGCACACCGUCCUUCUUCCAGCGAGCACCCAAGUCGAGCGACGGCUCGUCCAUCACUGAUUCCAGCACGACAGACAGUGGUCGCUUGUCGCGCAAGUCUCUUUUGGGCAUCGCCGGGGGUCUGCUUAAUCGUUCUGCAUCACGACGCAACACUGCAGACACAGCAGCAGCAGCAGCAGCAACCGCAGCAAAUGCAGCACAAGUACGCGCUUCACAGGCGGCCGCACGUUCCAGCGAGGCACAAUCAACGGCUUCCCCAGUGCGCAGGCGCGGUCAGUCGAUUACAUCUGCCAACACCAGCUCGCUCGAGAAGCCGUUAGCAAGCGACUCGACAUCGCAAGAGGUCCGUGGCGUCGCGAAAACUCGCGAUGGCCUUGCUCCCACCUCGGCGAGCGCAGCAGCUCAGACGCCCUCCCGCUCCACGAGGAAUGUUGUUGCGAGCGGAGUGCCGUCUUCCAGCCCGAGCGUUGGCAGUCGCACCGCCUCACCCAGCAAGUCUGCCUCUCUCUCGAGCCGGAUCCCCAGAGUCGCCACCAUGAAGGCGUUGCCGCGAUCUAUGGCCGCGGGGGCUGGAGCCUCGGAGACGAGUGGAAGUGUGAUCCGAGCUGCCGCCGCCGCCUCUACGUCGAUCCCGAUGAGCAAAUCGCAUCACCCUUCGCUGGCAGCCAGCAUGGGCAUGGUGUCGACCCAGACUUUCGAGGAUGACGACACUCGAUCCGUCUCCGGCUCGGACACGACGGCAGGUACAGCCAAACAUAGCCAGGUCUCGUCCAAAGUGGCGCCGUCUCCCGGUACUGCUCAGGUGUCGAGCAGUGUGAUCCCGAUACUUAACGCCUAUGCAGCUGCAAAGACGCCCGCCGAGAUCGAAGGGGUGUUGCGACGAGCUCGCAUUGCUGCCUACUCGUCGAAUCUCACACCAAACGACCGCGAGGUGCUCAACAACCUCGCCAGCCGGCAGGAUCGACAAAAGAGGGGUGCGAGCCCAUCUUCGACCGCUACCAACAACGGCAGCAGCAAGGUAGAUGCAUCGGCUGCUGUGGUCGACAAAGGCACUGCUCGAACAGCAAAGCCUGGUACAGGUGCUUCGAUCACGACGAGUGCAACAAGCAAAACGACGACCGGUGUCGCUGCCACUCCAACCUCCAACGGGGCCAAAGGACCGUCGCCCGCUGCUCCUGCGAACAAAGAGAGCAAAGAGAUCGGCAGCGUGUCGGUACCGGUACGCAAGACGCGUGCUUCGCUCAGCACGGUCUCCGCCGUUCCACGCGCCUCGAAGACGAGCGCGCUGCAGACACCUGCCAGCGAACGCCUGGCCAAGAUCAGCAGCAGCACUACCAGUUCUGCGCUGGCACGACGCAGUCCUGCAUCCUCGGACGCUGCUGGGUCAAUGGCUUCUGCUCGAGCUACACCCAUCCAGGACGAAGAAGAGCGUCUGGGCGACAACGAGAUGGAGGAGUACAUCAGACGUCAACAGGCACGCAAGCUGGCGUCCGGCGCUUCGCAGGCUGAGUUGGACAAGAUGCUCGAGUUCCCUGAGCCUGUGGCACCGAGUCGGCAGCUCUCUCCUCGCCAGGCGGAAGUCAUGUACGGCAACAAGAUGUCCGACUUUGAGUUGCAAGAAAUCUUCAACUACACCGAAAUCUUCUACUGCGGACAGAACGCCAGACGUAAGCACCCCGCUACGGUGGAAAACUCGGAGCAGAACCACGGCUUUGACGACGAGCGCGGCGACUACAACGUGGUCAGCAAGGACCAUCUUGCUUUCCGCUACGAGAUUGUGGAUCUGCUCGGCCGUGGCUCGUUCGGCCAGGUGCUGCAGUGCCGCGACCACAAGACGGGCAAGACGGUGGCGAUCAAGCUGAUCCGCAACAAGAAGCGGUUCCACCACCAGGCGCUGGUCGAGGUGCGUAUUCUUGAGAAUCUGACCAAAUGGGACCCGGACGAGCGGUUCAACGUGAUCAAGAUGACCGAGUCGUUCCUGUUCCGUAACCACCUGUGCAUCGCCACGGAGCUGCUCAGUAUCAACCUGUACGAGCUGAUCAAGGCCAACAACUUUGCCGGAUUCACCACCAACCUGAUCCGUCGAUUCACGUCUCAGGUGCUGCAGUCGCUGGUGCUGAUGAAGCACCACCGCAUCGUCCACUGCGAUCUCAAGCCCGAAAAUAUCUUGCUGGCGCAUCCGAGGAAGAGUGCGAUCAAGGUGAUCGACUUUGGCUCGAGCUGCUUUGAAAACGAGAAGGUGUAUACGUACAUCCAGAGUCGAUUCUACCGCUCGCCCGAGGUGAUUUUGGGCAUGAGCUAUCACACGGCGAUCGACAUUUGGAGCUUGGGCUGCAUCAUUGCCGAGCUGUACACGGGCUACCCGCUGUUCCCCGGAGAAAACGAGCAAGAGCAGCUGGCAUGCAUCAUGGAGAUCUUGGGUGUACCGGAUCGCUACUUGGUGGAGCGCAGUUCGAGGAAGAAACUUUUCUUUGACGGUACCGGCCAGCCGAGACCCGUGGUGAAUUCGAAAGGAAAACGUCGUCGACCCAACAGCAAGACUCUGGCGCAGGCACUCAAGAGCGACGACGAGCUGUUUGUCGACUUCAUCGCAAAGUGUCUGAUCUGGGAUCCGGAGCGAAGGCUCAAGCCGGACCCGGCGAUGCGACAUCCUUGGAUCCAGCAGGGCAAGAAGCUGGCUGCCGCUGUGGGUGCUGUGUUAGGCGAGGCGUCGGCUGCAAAUAGGGCAGCGGGCGGGGGUGGUACGGGCAGUGUUCCGAAUGCUCUGCCGAGGAAAACAGCAAGCUCGACGAGUUCGCGGAUCGCUGCGGCCAAGGCUACGGGCAACAGUCUCAGUGGUGCAUCGGGAUCGACUGCAGCAACGACGACGACAAUGACGCCGAGGACCAAAGCUCUGUCUGCAAGGGCGUCGGCAGUCAAUGGUGGGGGUGGAGCAGCGGUGGGCGGUGGCAGUCAUAGCGGUAGUAGCGGCAGUGGCGGGGGCGGAUAUGCGGCGAGUCCGAGAAGGAGUGUGGCUGCUACUGGGGGUGCGGGCAUUGCGGCGACGGCUAGUCUCGGGACGCCUUUGCGUGCGCCCAAGGCAUGA